AUGACUGUGACCACCAAGGCCUUCCUCCAGAAGGUUGGAGACCUUCUUGACAAAGAUGGCUCCUCCACCUGCCCUUUCCCUAAAGUCUGCAACCUGAUUGUCAUACUGGACUCCACUCCAGUCCACUUUCCACACUGCCUGUCUGCAAUGGUGUCCUGCCUGGGGUACCCAGCAAAGUAUUGCAAGGUCCUCAGUACGUGCAACCCUCAGCUGCCAGGCCAGAACAUCACUCGCACAUUUAUCAACCUUCACUGGCUUCCAGUCAAGUUUGACAUGCCAAGUUCGUUCAAGCAGGGAGACAUAAUGAUCGGAGGGAUUUUCCCCAUUUUCAACAAAGACAUAAGUAGCACUUCUACUACGUUUGAGAGCAACCCACCCAGAGUGAAGUGUGCACUGAUUCUCAACUCUUGUUCAUCUCCUACAAAUACAUUACGUGCUGCACUAACGCUGGCUAGUAACCCACAGGAGGUAGAACUGACUUCCCCUUGCCCUCCUGCUAUAUCUGCCCUCAUAGCAGAGGCUGGAUCAUCACAGUCUCUAGCUGUGGCUGGAACUCUUGGGCCAUUUCAAGUGCCAGUAGUAAGUUACUUCUCAACAUGUGCCUGCCUGAGUGAUAGAACUAAAUAUCCUACAUUUUUUCGAACAAUCCCCAGCGAUUAUUUCCAGGCAAAAGCUUUGGCAGCUCUGGUCAAACGUUUUGGCUGGGAGUGGGUCGGGGCCAUACAGUCAGACAAUGACUACGGACGAAACGGGAUCACGGCUUUUACUCGAGAGGUUAAAAAGCUUGGAGUUUGUGUUGCAUUUGUCGGGACAAUUUUACGUACGUACAGUAUGGAUAAAAUUCUGGCUGUUGUGGAAAUGAUCAAGCAGUCAACUGUCAAAGUCAUUCUUGCUUUUGUUCCAGAGGGUGACUUUUACCCUUUGAUGAAAGAGGUUGUUAAACAGAACAUUACAGGAAUUCAGUGGAUUGGCAGUGAGGCCUGGAUAACAGCAGCUCGACCCUCCACCCCUGAAAUAUACCAAGCUUUUGGGGGAGCCUUAGGGUUUGUGGUGCAGAAGAUGGCUAUUCCAAAUCUAAAACCAUUUCUUACAAGCAUUAGCCCUUAUUCCAAUCCAAGUGCUGCCUUUGUGAUGGAUUUUUGGGAGAUUAUGGUCGGCUGUAAACCAGUUUCACCUGGGGAGCACACAGAUGCUCAAAUAUGCACAGGCAAUGAGACAUUAAUGAAUUCAAAGCAUGCGUUCUUUAAUGUCACACAGCUCAGAGUGUCCUAUAACGUGUAUAAAGCAGUUUAUGCCAUUGCACAUGCUCUUCAUCAACUGAUUUUCUGCCAGUCACCGGGAGAAAAAACAGUGAGGCCUUGUUUGAAUGUAUCAGAAAUUCAACCCAAAGAGGUCACUGAUCAUCUGCAGAGGGUGAAUUUUAGGAAUCAGUUUGGGGAUAAUGUGUUCUUUGAUGUCAAUGGUGACCCUCCUGCUUCUUAUGAUAUAAUUAACUGGCAGCUGAUUGAUGGACAAGUGCAGCAUGUCACUCUGGGUCACUUUUCUUCUGCUGCUCAUGGUGAUCAUAUGCUGAGCAUCCAAGAGGAAGAAAUUGUGUGGAGGACAGGAAAAAUGGUUCCGACAUCAGUGUGCUCUAACGUUUGUCCAGUAGGAACCAGGAGAGCACAAAUAAAGGGAAAACCCAUCUGCUGUUUUGACUGUGUCACAUGUGCUGAUGGAACUAUAGCUAAUUCAACAGGUGCAGCCGACUGCACACCCUGUCCACAGGAAUACUGGUCCAAUGAGAGGAGGGAUGAAUGCAUUCCUAAAGCUAUUGAGUUCCUGUCAUAUCAUGAGCCAAUGGGAAUAGCUGUGACAGUAGUGUCCCUGUUAGGGGCCUCCCUGUCGCUGGUCACAAUGAUGGUCUUUAUCCGCUUCAGAGAAACUCCUGUGAUAAAGGCCAGCAACUCUGAGCUGAGCUGUUUCCUGUUGUUUUCUCUUUUCUUGUGCUUUCUCUGUCCCCUUACUUUCAUCGGCAGACCCACAGUCUGGACAUGCAUGCUGCGCCACACAGCUUUUGGUGUAACAUUUGCACUUUGUAUUUCCUGCAUCUUGGGGAAAACUAUUGUUGUUGUUACAGCGUUCAAAGCCAGAUUUCCUGGCAACAACAUUGCUGGAAAGUUUGGUCAGGCACAGCAAAGGAUCAUCGUUUGCUUCUGCACAUUGAUUCAAAUAGUAAUAUGUGUGUUGUGGCUAAAGUUAAACCCACCUUUCCCAGACAUGGUUUUCAAAUACAGCAACAAGAAGAUUGUUUUAGAAUGUAACACAGGCUCUGAGGCUGCUUUCUAUGUGGUGCUGGGGUACAUAGGGAUCCUUGCAGUAAUAUGCUUGGUCCUGGCAUUUCUGGCAAGGAAUUUGCCUGAUAACUUUAAUGAAGCCAAAUUUAUCACAUUCAGCAUGCUGAUAUUCUGUGCUGUGUGGAUUACUUUUAUCCCAGCAUAUGUCAGCUCUCCAGGAAAGUUCACCGUAGCUGUGGAAACAUUUGCGAUUUUGUCUUCAGCAUUUGGCUUAUUACUUAGCAUUUUUGUACCUAAAUGUUACAUAAUACUGAUCAAACCAGAUAAAAAUACCAAGAAACAUGUCAUGGGAAAACUGUGAACAAAAAAGGUUAAAAGGUUCUCACUUUUAUAUAAAGUAACUAUGCAAGAGUAUAUGGGUGGAGCAAGAUAUUAUAGUAUUUUUUAUGUAAUUCAGAUGAUAAAGAUUCACAGGUUUUGUAUUUAUUUACUAAAAGUCUUCUGUAUAGAUGAAAGCACAAGUGCACAAGAUGCACAAGAAAUACGCUAUUUUAGGAGAAAACUUUGAUAUAAUUGAUAUAUCAAUAUAAUUACUUCAAAUCUAUAAUUACUUUAUAAUUACUUUACUUUAUAUCUAUUAAAUAUCAGAGAUUGUUCACUUUAACAAAUUAUUCUCACUGUAUCUAUGCAAGUGCUGUGAAAAUCUAUGU